GCUGCGAAGUUGGAGCUCCGCUGCAGGGAAGAGCUGUGCCGGCUUUGGACUGCAACGCAGGGGGAGAAGGUGCAGGGGGCGUUUCACGGCAGCGGAGGAGCUGGGAUGUGGGGAGGAAGAAAAGAAGAUGGCUCUCCGCCAAGGGGGUGGUUUUGUUGCCUCCCGGGCCCGUGAAAGUGAAACCAUGUGGCCCAGCACGCCUUUUCCUUUCGCCUCGUUCUCUCGCUGUUCUAAGCCCAGGGUGGCGAGGAGGGCGACCUUGUGCCCGCCACCGACCUCCCACCCACGCCGAGUGCCAUUCUCCAGUGCUGCUGGACCAAGGAUCGGUAACAGGGAGCCCCUCACCUGAGCGAAGGCAUGUGGGGGAUGACGGCAGCACCGUGCUCCUUCUGCUCAAAGCGUUUCUGCCCCCCUCACGGGGCCUGACUGUCAAAAUGCUGAUCAAGGAAUAUCACAUCCUGCUGCCCAUGAGCCUGACCGAGUACCAGGUGGCCCAGCUCUACAUGAUCCAGAAGAAAAGCCGUGAGGAGUCGAGUGGCGAGGGCAGUGGGGUUGAGAUCCUGUCCAACCGGCCCUACAGCGAUGGCCCAGGCGGGAGCGGUCAAUAUACACACAAGAUCUACCACGUGGGCUCUCACAUCCCCAGCUGGUUCCGUGCCCUCCUACCCAAGGCAGCUCUGCAGGUGGAAGAGGAGUCCUGGAACGCCUAUCCCUACACCCGUACCAGAUACACCUGCCCCUUUGUGGAGAAAUUUUCUAUUGAGAUUGAGACCUAUUACCGGCCGGAUGCUGGGAAACAGACCAAUAUCUUCAACCUAAGUGCUGUAGAGCGCAGGCAAAGGAUUCUGGACACCAUUGACAUUGUGCGGGACCCCAUCUCACCCAGUGAGUACAAAGCGGAGGAAGAUCCACGGCUUUACCACUCAGUCAAGACAGGUCGUGGACCUCUGGGAGACGACUGGCUGGAGAAUGCAGCUUCUGGGCCUUUCAUGUGUGCUUACAAGCUUUGUAAGGUGGAGUUCCGCUACUGGGGCAUGCAGUCCAAGAUUGAACAGUUCAUCCAUGAUGUAGGACUACGGAAAGUGAUGCUGCGGGCACACCGCCAAGCUUGGUGUUGGCAAGAUGAAUGGAUAGAUCUCACCAUGGAUGACAUCCGGAGGCUGGAGGAGGAGACGGCACGCAUGCUGGCUCAGAAGAUGGCAACGUGCGUGGAGCCUGAAACAGGCCCUGCGGUACCCAGUCCUGAACACCCAGCCGAGAUGGGUGGCCAUGAGAAACAGGACCGAGUCGACACCCUGAGGGCUCCUGAUGCCUCUCCAGACGAUCCAUUUGCCAAGCAGUGGUCAACAUCCUCUCGCUCUUCAUACUCUUCUCAGCAUGGUGCUGCAGUGUCUCCCCACAGCCUAUCAGAGUGGCGGAUGCAAAACAUUGCGCGGGACUCUGAGAACAGUUCUGAGGAGGAAUUCUUUGAUGCGCAUGAGGAUUUCUCAGACAGCGAUGAUGUUUUUGCCAAGGAAAUAACAAAGUGGAACUCAAAUGACUUUCUCGACACUCUGGAGCGACCCAGUGAGCCAGACGAUGUUCUUGUUGAUGCUGCUGGAGCAGCCAAGCAAGAUAGUGAUGUGAUCACUGCACCUGGCCCACCAGAGGCUGGCUCAGAAGACCUCUCCAGGACAUGCCGCAUCCACGCGCUCUUCCUGAUCCUCCACAGUGGCAACAUCCUAGACCAGGGCGUGGGAGAGCCAGGCUCCAAACAGGCUGACGUGCACACGCUCACUGCCACCUUGGACUCAGUCACUCGUCUGCACUUCCCUGAGGCUCUGGGGCACAUUGCGCUGCGCCUGGUGCCUUGCCCGCCUAUCUGUGCAGCUGCCUACGCCCUCGUCUCUAAACUCAGCCCCUACAGCCAUGAUGGUGACAGUCUGUCCAGUAGCCAAGAUCAUAUCCCACUGGCGGCUUUGCCCCUCCUGGCCACCUCUUCAGGCAGCUACCAAAAUGCUGUUGCAACUGUCAUUUCUCGUACCAACCAGGCCUAUGCCAAUUUCAUCCACUCGCCUGAUGGCAUCGGCUUCUGUGGUCAGGUGCUGCUGAUUGGGGACUGUGUUGGGGGAAUCCUGGCCUUUGAUGCCCUGUGCCAUAGUCGGGCUGGCGGGUCAGGCAGUCGUGGGAGCAGCCGCCGUGGCAGCAUGAAUGCUGAUCUGCUUUCUCCAGAGACAUCUGUGUCGCGAGAUCCCCUGCUCGAGAGGGCGGAGGCAUUUGGGGGGAUGGGGCGUGCUAGCCCUGAGCCGGGAGCGCUCCCACCCACCCAGAAACGCAGUGACACUGCGGUGCAGGAGAACGACUCUUUGCAGCAGCAGCAGUUCUUGUCCAGCCUGCAGGCGAGCUUGCCUGCCGCAGAGGCAGAAGGAGAUCCUCGCUGUAGCAGUAACUCCUCGUCCUCCAUAGUAGAGACGUUUGAGGGGCCAAACACAGUUGGGAAACUGGAGUUCAAGGUGUCUGGCUUCUUCUUGUUUGGCUCACCCCUGGGGCUGGUCCUUGCCCUUCGCAAGACAGUGAUGCCUGCCAUGGAUGUGGCCCAGAUGCGCCCGGCCUGCGAACAGAUCUACAACCUGUUCCAUGCAGCCGACCCCUGUGCCUCCCGCCUGGAGCCUCUGCUGGCCCAGCAGUUCCACGCCAUGCCCCCCUUCAGCGUUCCCCGCUAUCAGAAGUAUCCACUAGGAGAUGGUUCAUCGGCUUCACUGGCGGAGGCCUUGCAGAGUCACUCUUCCCUCUUCAUGGACGAGAUGGACCUGGUGACUCCCCCUACUCCGACAGGGGCAUUCGGAGGCUUCUGGAGAGGGAACGAGGCCGUCACAAGCGAGAGCGCCGGGACCAGCACCAGCGAGGUGGUCAGGAUUCUGGAUCGUUGGUGGGGAGCUAAGCGCAUUGACUACUCUCUCUACUGUCCCGAGGCACUGACAGCCUUUCCCACCAUCACCCUACCUCACCUUUUCCAUGCCAGCUACUGGGAGAGUGCGGAUGUGGCUGCCUUCAUCCUGCGCCAGGUGAUCGAGACGGAGCAGCACCAAGUGACGGAGAAUGAGGAGAGUUCCAUCUACAGCCCAGCAUUUCCCCGUGAGAAGUGGCAGCGCAAGCGCACGCAAGUGAAGAUCCGGAACGUCACGGCAAACCACCGUGCUAGCGAUGUCAUUGUGUGUGAGGGGAGACCCCAAGUCCUCACUGGGCGCUUCAUGUAUGGUCCGCUGGAUGUGGUGACUCUGACUGGGGAGAAGGUAACAAGGGCCUAGUUACACGGGGUCUGCCUGGGAUAGUUGAACAAGUGAGGGUUGCGCAGGUGUGGAUGUGAGCAUGUGGUGUUUGGAUGUGGGUGUGGAUGUGAGCACGUGGCAUUUGCUGUGUGUUCUGCCUCUUUUGCGUGGAUGCGUAAGUGUUGUGUAUAUGUUCAGUCACGAAGAGCCAAGCCUGUUGGCGGGACUGUUCCCAGCCUCUUCCCUUUUUCAGUGGCUUUUCUGUUUUGGGAGGGGGAGGCACUUUGGGAGGGGGAGUCUGAGAGAGAGAGGCAGAGAACCACCGACUUGCAGCUGGGAGUGAGUGCGGCUGAGCAGAGCAGAGCAGAGCAGAGCAUAGACAUCAGCAGUGGGCAGAUUGUGAUUCAGUUGUGAAAACUUGCUUAGUUCUUGCUUCUGAGUGAC